CACUAUCGAGCCGAAUGAUCGAACGGGUGCUGUCAGGCUGCGUGACACGCGGCAACCAAAACCGGCUGACGCCCGACGGAGAGCCGCGCAUGUCCUACACAGAGUUCGUGUGGUUCCUACUCGCUGAGGAGGACAAGACGCAUCCCACCGCCAUUGAAUACUGGUUCAGAUGCAUGGACUUGGACGGCGACGGGUACAUCUCCAUGUACGAACUGGAGUACUUCUACGAGGAGCAGAUGCAGCGCAUGGAAGCCAUCGGCAUCGAGACACUGCCCUUCAACGACUGUUUAUGUCAGAUGUUGGAUAUGGUGCACCCAGCGGAGGAGGGUAAGAUAACGCUAUCCGACCUGAAGCGGUGCAAGCUGACGCCGAUCUUCUACGACACGUUCUUCAACCUGGAGAAGUACUUGGACCACGAGCAACGAGACCCGUUUGCCACGCAGCGCGACUCCGACUGCGAGAUGUCAGAAUGGGAUAGAUUCGCAGCGGAAGAAUACGAGCUACUGGUAGCAGAAGAGGGCGGUAGCGACGCGCAGGACCAAAUCUCAUACGAUGAGACGGACGAGGACUGUCUGUCACCAAAUCUAGAUGAUAUCACGAACACGGAAGUAAUAGAGGACUCGAGCGUGGAGGAGUCGACGUUGAGCGACGGCGCGCCGCACCCGCCCGGCGCCCGCCUGCACCCCGCCGCGCCCGGCUACGUCAACCUCAGCUCCAUAUACUCGCUCGGCAACGACCGCUGGGGAGCCAACGCCGCCACCGCAUCGGCACCCAAGAACGGUCUCCCAGAGAAGAAGAUGGAGAAACCAAUACCCCCGGAGAAGCCGGUCAGUCUGAUGAUGGUUAACGGCAAAUUGGAUAACCGAUACGCCGGCUUUGGUAACAACAGUUUCUUGUACUCGCAUCUGCUCGGCUCGAGCGGGGCGCGGGCCAAGGACCCUCCCCCGUACACGGCGGCCACCGGCGGACUCUUCGACAAGUCUGGAGAAGUGAAAAAAGCCACGUCGCCGGUAAAAGUUAAAUCACCACUCACAAGUCCCGUGAACGGUGUGAACAAGAUCUCUGACAACUACGAGCGGGCGGUCGCCGAGCGUCUCAGCCCGGCUCGCGAGAUCUCGCGGCUGAACCGCAGCAGCGUGUUCAGUAAGGUGAGCACGGGCGCGGUGGCGAGCAAGGUGAAGCAGAACUCGCCGCGCAAGGACGACGAGGACGACGACUACGCGCGGGACAGCGACGAGUGCUCCAUUUAGACGCGAGUGUUCGGCUCGAGAGCAAUGCGUUGCGAGUUACUUUUACUUCAGUGAACACCAAAGAUCAUUACGUGAUGCAUUACGCCUGUAGUUAGAUUUUGGAACAUUGAACAUGUUGUUAAAGGGUUAUCAGAAACAGAGAAAUAUUUUUUCAACGUAUCCUAGUGGUCGAUACGUGCCUUGUGACGAUUUAGCGGCAGUAGGCGUUUGGACGUUCGUAGCCAUAGUGCGUAGACACAGAAGUGCACUCAUAUCGAUGUAUCGAUGGACUAUAUCGAUGUUGAACGUUCUGUUAACGUAAUCUAGUUUCAGCAUUUUAAUAUUGUAGCGAUCGUGUAUCUAUUAUUUAAUACGUAAUUAUUGUUUAUUUCCCAAUGUAUUAUGCGAUUAUUUUACGUGUGGGUCUAUGUAUUUAUAUUAUAAAGCAAUCGGCGUAUAUGUUUGCAGGUAUUAUAAUUAGAAAUCGCUGUCAAUCUCAUUUACCGUCUGUAGAGUUAUCCACUCAUAUCAUUGCUCCAUCCACAUCAACGCAUUCGAAACAUAAGCUAUCAAAGCAUUCGUCCGUAAAAUUAUCAUGACAAAAAUCAGUGUAAGAAACACGCACACUAAUUUAGUAUUUAGUAGGUAGAUAAAUUCUGAUAAGGGAUCAUCCCAAAGGAUUUACCUGGAAGGAGCUUAGUGUUAACCUAAUUCGUUAAAAUUUGUCAAAUUAAGCAUUAGGAAAUAGAUAAAACGCAGCUGCAAAACAGAUGUGGAAAUUGUUAUAUCUAUUUGACACUUGAGACUUGACUGCAAACUGGUUCGAGGCGAUGGACGAGUGGUUCUAGGUGUUACGAAUAGGGGUGUAGUCAAGAUAUCCGAAAUCCUAAGUAGGUACUUUAAAAUACAACCAAAUACAUCGACAUAGUACAAGAUAUUAUAUACAUAUUGUUGACACGAAGUAUGACGGAUGCUUUAACGAUUAAUUUGAACAUACUUUGAAAAUUGGUUAUUGUAGUGUCGGUAAGUACAAAAAUAUUACAAAUACGUUUUUUUUUAUCAA